CAACUGCCUACUUGUCAACUUAAGUCCGCAACCAUGUCAUCUUCUCAAACACCACCUCAACCACCAGCCAUAAACUACGUCGCCGGCUUCUUACUUGUCGGUCUUGCUUGGGGACUCACUACACCUUUCAUCCGGCGCGCGGCUCGAGAUCACAACCCGCCGGCUCAUCCGUUGCUGGCAAGGGAUGACGUGAAAGCGAGCUGGCUCAAAAGCAAACUUUAUGGUGCCUUUUUCGCUGUCAUUGAUUUGUUACGGAAUCCGAGAUAUGCUAUCCCACUGUUGAUAAACUUGACAGGAAGCGUCUGGUUCUUCCUGCUCAUAGGCCAAGCUGAGUUGAGCUUGACCGUGCCCAUCGUUAACACCCUGGCCUUCUUGUUCACCGUACUUGGCGAUUGGUGGGUUGACAAAAAGGUUAUAAGUAAAAAUACGUGGUUAGGAAUGAUCCUAUCUAUAUGUGGGAUCGCAUUAUGUGUUCAAAGCAAAUCUUGAUGAAUACCUACCCACUUUCUAUACAUCUUCUAUGGGAGAAUUGUAAAUAUUCAUUUAUUUUAACGAGAUAUUCGAGUGAUGCUAUCCGGAGCAUCGGUAGUUCCGGUUCUAGACUCGGAUGAGGCUAAGCCGGCCGAGUCGAUGUGGUGGAAACUCACAUGUGAACUUUCGGCUAAGACAUAAUGAUGGCUUCCCGAACCAAUAGUUUAUGUUCUUCAAAAAGCCUAUCGUGGGUAGAUAGAACCUGGUUUGAUACGGUUCAAUAGAUUAUUCGGUAUUACGCCCGUAGGAAUACACGUGCGGUCUGUAAGCGUUCCUUUAGAUUUGCCCAGCGGUGAGGAAUCAGUUUAAAAUAAUGUAAUGAUGAAUUCUGUUGGUUUGGAUGGGGUUCAAUAGAACAAGAUCAUUGGCA